AUCACACACACGCGCCGGGAAGCUGUUCGCUCAACGCUAUCGUCAAAGGAACAACCGAACCAUACACGCCAGAGAGUCAUUGCAUUAGACGCCAACGCAUGUUUCGCGUGGACGACGACAGCAGCACCCCUCUACGCAGUAGAACAGUCUAGGAUUGGAGCCAGGAAGAAAAAACACGAACCAUGACAACUAUGGGUGCUUUCGGGGACUCAGCCAUGCUCAUCUGGAGCAUUCAGGUAUUGGCACUGAUCAAACCAAUCUCACCCUCUCUAGAUCACCAUCAUGUUGUGAGGUCAGAAAAAAAAAUCCAAGUCAUUCUAUCAGGACACUCAAGGGGAGAUUAUAACGAUGCUUCGGAAAUAUAUAUCGGCCGAACGCGAACGUCUGUAUAAGGUCCGUCUCCAUCUGGAAUCCUUCGAGGCCUCUGUAGAAACUGCGGGUGCUGUCGAGCCUGAGGAAUACUUUGGGCUUCCCAUGAACGCGUUCCUCACCAUUAAAAGACUCGCUGUGGACUACCACGAGAUAGUGGAUCUGGCCACUGACGACCGAAAUGCCAACAUCCUUCUGGGAAAGAGAACCGCCGCUCACAAGGAACGAAGGUUGGUCUUGCCUACCAGAGAGGACAUAUUGCGUUCCACAGCUCAGGUUAUCAAUUUUCAACGACAACGUGCUUACACCUCUAGCGCUAUUGUGAGGAUCGUUUCCAAUAUGGCUAACAAUACUGUGACACUGACUGCUCGAGACUGCAAAGAAUUAGGCGACGCAUCGAACACCAUGAACGACAAGAAAGCAGCGAAAGAGUGGAUGGAAAUGGCACAACGUUUAUCCAGGAAUGACGGAUACAUUAUUGGCAUGGAAUACAUGGCCAUGCUUGCGCACAAACGUAGCCGACAUGCUCAGGCGGUAAGUUACGCCAACAAGAUACAAUAUAUGAACCCUGGCCAUGCAAGAUCCCUCUUGAAACUCGAGCGUUACGUGCAGGCAGUGGAAAAGCCGUAUUCUGGCUGCAGAGACCCGUUAAUUUACAACUUCGGAACUUUUGUUCGGCACAACGUGCAGUCCACACAGAAGUGUUUUUGGUUGACCUACAAGCAUGCUAGUGUUCUCCCCGUCCGUAUCGAUGUUGAGCAUUUGCAAGGUCAACCGGACAUGUUCGCGUAUAAUAACCUGCUGAGUCUGAAAGAGCAGUGGGUGUUGUGGAGAACUCUGCUUCUGCACGAACCGGGUGCCUGCAAAGGUCAGCACAACGAUUGUGACGAGGUUGCAUUGGCUGAACGUAUAUUGCAUUCGCUGGCAGAAAGGUUCCAAACUGCGUCAGGGCUCAGCGUAGUACAGACUCAAGGGUUCUGGCGUUUGAUACGAGUGAAUUGCAGCGAGCAUACCGUCUGGCUCAACGCGGGCCAUAAUCUGGAAAGGCAACCGUUGGCGACGUGGUGGACAUUCCUGGGUUACAGUCACGAGUUUAGCCUUACCACAAACUUGAAGCUCAGCAGAGGCGCAUCUGUGCUCCGAUACCACGUGACGGGGCAGAACGUGCGAGACGACGCUCUCCUGCAGUUUUCGUGUCGCGGUGUGUGGGUCAUCUUGGUCAAACGUGUUAUGCUUGAAGAUCAGCCACAAUUCCUCUUUCCUUGGACAAAGUGGAAGGACGCAGGAUCUCGUGGCUAUCAGCGCCGCUGCGAAGCGCUUCCACGCACUCCACCAAAAGGUGCAUGGACGCAGGAAAGUUGUUCCCAACGGAAAUAGACUUUGCACUCUCGUUAUUAUCCCCAACUUAUUGUCCCUUUUCCAUCUUGCGUACAUGGGCUUCCGAAAUGGGAACUACUGCGCCUGUCGCAAAUCAUGCGGUCACGACAUUUGAUACUCGCGUUCCAGUAGGAUGUGCACAUGUUUGUUAUGCAGAGAAAAGUCGUCUUCAACCUCUUGUUACUAUUAUGACUCUUAUAUGUGGGGUGUAUCGUUGUGACUUCUGGACAUCAAUCAGUUUAUACGCAUUGAUUCCCUACUUUGCUAUGUUUUUUUUUUUCGUCUGUUAAGAUCCCAAUAAACGUGAGAAGAUUAA